AUGAUGGACGUUAGCAGCAUGUACGGCAACCAUCCUCAUCAUCAUCCUCAUGCCACGGCCACUGCCUAUGAUGGAUAUGGCAGCAACUACUUUCCCUCCCCGACCCACCACCACCAACAGCAGCAACAACAGCAGCAACAACAGCAGCAGCAACUGCAUCAGCAGCAGCAGCUACAGCAGCAAGUGCAGCAGCACCAGCAACUGACCUACAGUGGCUACGACAGCAACUCGCCCAACUACUAUCAGCAGCAGCAACAGCUAACGCCACCGCCAGCACAGCACCAGCUGCAGCAUCCACUUGCACAGCAGCAGCAACAGCAGCAGCAGCAGCAGCAACUAUAUCCGCAUUCGCAUCUGUUCAGUCCCAGCGCUGCGGAGUAUGGCAUAACCACCACGGCAGCGGUAGCGGCACCCAACAGCACUCCAUUGCAUCCCACUAGCCACUCGCCCGCCGACUCCUACUAUGAGAGCGACUCAGUACACUCCUACUAUGCCACAGCCGCUGUGGCAACGGUGCCGCCACCUGCAAACAAUUCACCGGUAACCGCGGCCAAUGCGACGCAGCAACAACAGCAGCAGCAGCAGGCAUUGGAUGCGCAUGCGCCCAUCAUUAGCUCCGAGAAUGGCAUGAUGUACACAAAUCUGGACUGCCUAUACUCGCCCAGUGUGGCACAGCAGGCGCAGACGCAGCCACAUGGCUAUGGCGGUCAAAUGGAGGAGAAAUAUGCAGCGGUGCUGCAUGCAGGUUACGCGGCACCGCCGCCAGGUAUGCUGCUGGAGGAUCCGGAUCCCAUGAUGCAACUGGCUGCCGGGCAGCAACAGUCGCCGCCGCAGAUGUGGCAUCAUCAUCAGCAUAUGAGCGGUGGCUAUCCGCUGGAUGCGGGCAUUGCCAUGGACUAUCCACACGCCCACUUGCAUCACAGUCUCAGUCAUGGCCAUCUGGCCAGUUUGACUACCAGCGCGCAGCAGGCACAGCAGCAACAGCAACAACAACAACAGCAGCAACAACAGCAACAGGCAAACAGCUCACAGGCUCAGGUAGUGCCACAGCAUUCGAUAUCACCAAACGGCUCGACCAACUGCAUGACCAUGGCCCGGAAUCAUCGCAGCGGUGGCGUCACAUCGCCUGGUAGCUCCACCUCAUCAUCAACAACAUCUGCGUCCGCAGCCAACUCCACGCACCAAGCGAGCUCACAAUCAAAAUCGCCAAAUCACGCGGCCAACAUUCCAACUUACAAGUGGAUGCAGCUCAAACGGAAUGUUCCCAAGCCACAAGCACCGAAACUACCUGCCAACAUGAGCAACAUGCACGAUUACCAGCUGAAUGGUCACCUCGACAUGUGCCGCGCCGGCAACGUUGGCGGCAGCGCUGCCGUCUUGCCCAUCCAGAAUCCACUGCUGCUGUCAAACAAUGCGGCCGCGGGCAGCGCAUCCAGCGGCCUGGGCGUGGGCCUAGCCAGCGGCAACGGUGCUGCCGGUGCCAGUGCCGGGGUUGGCCUCAGCGGCUGCAGUCUAUCCUCCACGAACAACUCGGGUCGCACCAACUUCACAAACAAACAGCUGACCGAGCUGGAGAAGGAGUUCCAUUUUAAUCGUUACUUAACGCGCGCUCGCCGCAUCGAGAUUGCCAAUACGCUGCAGCUAAACGAGACGCAGGUCAAAAUAUGGUUUCAGAACCGCCGCAUGAAGCAGAAGAAGCGCGUCAAGGAGGGUCUCAUUCCGGCGGACAUUUUAACGCAGCACAGCUCACCCGUGAUAACUGAAAAGCAGCCACAGCAGCAACAGCAGCAACAGCAGCAACAGCAGCAACAGCAACAGCAGCAACAACAACAACAACAGCCCGAGUUGAAGGCUUCGGAAUUGGCCAGCAAUGAGCUGCCAGCAACAGCAGCAACAACAACGGCCGCAGCCAAACAGAGUUGA